AUUUUCCGACAACCACCGGGCGGCUAAAUGCUAAAACCCCCAGCCCCUAACCCCAUCCUCAUCCCUCCCACCUCCUACUCCCAUAUGACAGCGCCCAGUGAGUUCCGGUCCUCAAAUUUGGAUUCAAAAGUGCGUCUUUUGAGCUUCGGCUGUGUCAGUUUCACGCUUGAAUGGGAUUGUUCAAUCACCGUGCUUUUUCGGUUUUCUUGAGGAUAGAGAAAUAGGGAGUGUCAGCAAUGGUGUAGUGUCAUCAAUUAUGCCUAGCAGCAGCAAUGGUGGUCGGGCACUGAUACUGUGGAAGCUAUCGCAAGCCCCUUGUUUGCGGAAUGAUGGGCAGAAAACCUUUGUAUUUGUUGCGGAAUCUCCUCGGAGCUUCUUCACUUCUGAAACCUUCGCCCGCCGUCCCUUCCUGUCGCAGGUUGAUGAUCCUGCAACCCCAGAGGUCAAUUUUCGCUUCAUCCACACAAUCUGUUGGGCUGAACUCAGUCAAUCCUUUGUGGGGUUUUAGAAACUUGAGCUAUGGUACUGUAAACCUCGUGUUAUCUCAAGGCAAACCCAAGUUCGAGGUACAAGAAGUCGACCCUCCGAAGAAGGACAAGUGGAAGAACAAGAAGAGGUUCAAGAUGCAGAAGAAGAGAGAGAAGGAGAAGCGGAAAGCUGCUAACAGGAAGGACCCGAGAAAGCUUGGGAUAACCAGAAAGAAGAAGCAGAAAUUUGCAAAUGCCGAACAGAGGAUCAAAUACAAGCUUGAGAAGGCAAGAAUUAAGGAAGCCUUGCUACUUGAAAAACUCAAGCGCUACGAGGUCCCAAAAGUCCAAGGUCCCGUAAUUAAACCCGAUAAUCUCACAGGUGAGGAACGGUUCUAUUUGAAAAAGAUUUCACAGAAGAAAUCCAAUUACGUGCCUGUUGGCAGAAGAGGAGUGUUUGGAGGAGUUAUUCUCAACAUGCACAUGCAUUGGAAAAAGCAUGAGACAGUCAAGGUCAUAUGCAAGCCCUGUAAGCCAGGGCAGGUGCACGAGUAUGCCCAAGAAAUUGCGAGACUGAGCGGUGGGAUCCCAAUUCAUUUUAUUGGAGAUGACAAGAUAAUAUUUUAUCGGGGAAAGAAUUAUGCGCAGCCUGAAGUCAUGUCACCUAUAGAUACUCUGUCCAAGAAAAAGGCUCUUGAGAAAUCAAAGUAUGAGCAAUCACUCGAAUCUGUUCAGCGCUUUAUUGCUAUUGCAGAGAAGGAAUUAGAGCUUUAUUACAGGCAUAUUGCUCUUUAUGGUGACCCAAAUAGUCGGGAUCCCGUCAAAAUCUUGGAUGCUCCUGGAAGUGGGGGAUCGGGAAAUUUAACUGAUAGUAAAGAUGAUGUGUCUUUCACAUGUCUCUCAGAGACUGAAGAAGACCGAUUCUCAGACCAGGAAACGUGGGAGACCGGGAGCGAUGAUGGAAGUGGUAAAUCCAUGAGGACUGAUGGUUCGGGUUGUGAGUAUGAGAGUGAGUCUGGUUCUGAUGAAGAAAGUGAAGAGAGUUAUUUCAAUAGAUGGGAUUCUGAGACUGAUGAUAAACGAAAACAAAGAAUGCCGGGGAUUUUGGCUGAGAUGGAAUGAAAUUGGUAUUGAAAAAUGUUUCAAGUUAUUACCAUUCAAAGAAUGAUUAGUUCCCCUUCA